AUGAACCGCGGCCUCUACAAGUUCUGCUGUUGUCUGUGCAGAGCCUUCAACUGCUGUUGGUUGUAUACCGACAAGGACUUCCCACCGGAGGAGCUCUCGCUGGGGGAUGUGAAGGGAGACUCUGCUGGGGAUGAAGGUGACCUGGGUGAGGCCCGGGGAGUGGUGAGGCAAGCGCAUGAGGCUGAGGCUGGUACCAUGGAGGUGGAGAAGGAAAGUGAAAGGAGUGAGAUGGGCGGCAAGUUUCCAGUGCCCAAGGACGAGAAGGCCCUGUCCUUCCGGGUCUCCCGGGGCCGGCACGUCUGUGAGCAAGAAGCGGUCGCCAGAGAAGCACGGAGCCCUGGGCGACUGCUGGCGGCCAUCGCCUGCAUGGCAGAGCACGACGGGGCCAUCCAGGCGGUCUUCAGGACCAAAGAGGUGAACCCUCGCGGGAAGUACGUGCUGAGGCUCUACGAUGGGGCCAAGGAGGGGGAGCCACGAGUGGUGGUGCCAGGAUCUGGAGGCUCCUAUACGGCACGGGCCUGCGCGGUGUGGGGCGUGCAGCCCCUUCUGCUGCAGAAGUCUCUGGCGCAGUGGGGCGAGAUGAGCGCCGAGGCCGCGCGCGGCCGGGCAGCGCGCGUGCCGAACGGCAUGCCGAACAGCAGCUUGCCGUACGCCAUGCUUGCCAGGUCUGAGCCACCUGCAGCCUUGUCUGCGCCAAGCGCGGAAGAGGCAGAUUGGUCGGUUGAAGAGGCAGAGAGGGCGACAUCGCCGUGGCGCUGGCUCUGGUGGCCAGCGAUUCUCUACCUCUUUUGGAGCAUGGCUCAUGUCUGCGAUUUGCACUUCGUGCGCACCAUCGAGGUGAUUUGCGAGCGCUUCGGGAUCCCCGACGACGUGGCGGGCGCCACGCUGAUGGCGCUGGGCUGCAACGGUCCAGAGCUGGCGCUGAAUAUGAUCAACAUUUGGAAGCCUUCCAGCAUUGGUGUGGGCGCAGUAGUCGGCGGCGAGGUCUUCAACGUCUUGGUGAUCAUCGGCACGGCGGUGCUCGCCACGCCCAAGGACUACAUGCCCUUGAAGUUGAGCAAGACCUCCUCCUUUCGCGACAUCUUCUUCUACGUGGCCUCGGUGCUGCUCCUGUUCUUGGCCCUGCGAGACGGCGCCGUGGACCGCCAGGACGCCCUGAUCCUGCUUCUGGGCGGCGUGUGCUACAUCUUGGCCGUGAUCUACUUGCGCUCAAUUCUGAUGUGGCUCUGGUCUCCUGCAGAUGGCGGAACGGUGGAGCAGCCCUUUUUGCUGCGGCAGUGCACGAAGAUGAACCUCGAUGACUGGACGCGUGCCAUGGAAGGCUCGCACCCGCGGCGGGGCACCGUGCUGCGGGUGCGCGCGGACAUGCGCAGCCGGCUGGCGGACCACAACCACCAGUUCGAGGACCGCUUCGCAUUCCUCCAAGAUGAGUCCUUGGUCAUCUCCGCCGUGGCGGACCCCAACGUGGCGGGCGAGAGCCAGUGCGACGUGGACAUGGUCUACGAUCGGGACGAGCGAGCCGUGCACGAGAACCACUGGCAUCGCGCGGGGUUGGUGCGUCGGCCCAUGAGCUUGGAGGAGGCGCAGCGGCGGCAGCUGUUGCCCCAGCGGCUGCCGCGCCUGGCGGAGCUGGGGCUCUUUAAGGAUGGUCCCUGGGAGGUGAUCAGCAUGCAGGAGAUCCUCUUCUGUGAACCCAGCAAGCAGGGCAUCUUCCUGCACGUCCAGGACAAGUUUGGGAACGACGUCACGCUGGAGGUCACCCCCGGACACGAGCGUUUGGGCGACAGUCCGAUGUCCAAGAUGUCCAAGACCAUCUCCAACGCCUCGUGCGACCUGGUCCAAAGUUGGAACCAGGAGCUGCGGGAGUGCCUCAAGGCCUCGCGGAGGAAGACGGCCGACCGACCGAGGGCGAAAUACUACACCUUUCUGAUGGAGUGGAUCGCCUGGUUCCAGUUUCCGGUGAAGUCAUUGGCUGGCGCCACCAUCCCGGACAUGGACUGUCCCGACACGCAGAGCUUCUAUCCCUUGGCAUUUGUGAUGAGCAUGGUCUGGCUGGGGAUUCUCUCCUCACUGGUCGUGAGCGCCUGCGACGGGAUCCACGCCGAUUUCGGGAUCCCCAACAACGUCCUGGGCUUCACCGUGGCCGCCGCCGGGACCUCCUUCCCGAACGUCUUCAGCGGCAUCUGCGUCGCGCGCCAGGGCAAGGCUGGCAUGGCGGUGGCGAAUGCCUUGGGAGCCAACGUUCAGAACGUCUUCCUGGCUCUGGCCAUUCCCUGGACCAUCCAGGCGGUCUUCCUCUCCUCCACGGGAGAGUUCCCGAUGAAAGUGAACGGCUUCGAUCCGGCGAUCAUUGAGAUCUUCAUCACCUUGCUUCCUCUCGUCUUGAUCUAUACCUGCUGCCGCUUCUCCCUGCCGAAAUGGUCUGGUGCCAUUUUCCUGUCGACCUAUGUGAUCUAUUUGGUCUGUGCCCUGAAGCAGCAAAGCUCCGGCUGCGAGCUGUGGCCGGUCUCAUGCCAUGUGGAUCUGGCCGAACCGAUCUGGUCCACCUGGCUGGCCGCGCCAUCUCGCGCGGCCAAGCGCUGCGAUCGCCUCUUUCGGCGUCUCGUGAACCAUGUCGAGCCCGAGGAGGUCUCGGUGAAGCUUCCGGAGCUGGUGCGAGCGGUGGCGUGGGGUGCCCUCCCCGGAGAGAAGUGGGAGAUCAUCACCAUUGAUGACUUCAUCCCCUGCAACAAGGCGAGCUUCGACCAUGACGGCACGCCGAAGCCCUUCUUUAGCAAGCCGAAGCACAAUGAGCUCUAUGUGAUGCUCCUGGAGAAGGCCUUUGCCAAGUUCUGCGGUGGCUACUCGGCCCUCGAGGCUCCCCGGGGGCCAGACGAUCUGGGCGAUCCGGGCGAUGACCGGAGAUCCGGCGUGGGGGGCACCGGAGACGGCGACAGGGAGGGAGUGGGGAAGGGGAAGGGGCGACAGUUCUCGCGGAACGACUCCAAGAGCCAGUGGCAGCGGCAGGACGGAGGGGCUUUCGUUUCGACCCGGAGCGGCGUCCGCGUGGGCCUGGCGGCCGGCCGAGCCUGUUUGGAUCUCAAGAACUUCGACGAUCCAAAGGACAAGCGCAAGUGUGGCUUGUACUCCACCAAAGAAACCGUGGACAAUGACACCAUGUUUGAGAUCCUCCGGAAAUACCACUCGCUAGGCGCGCGCAUGGAGCAGCCGGAGGGUGCCGGUGUCGAACGUGGUCGAACGAUCGAACGAUCUCCGUCGACUGGUUGGUUUGUGAUGGUGCCGGUUUCUCGUGGUGGUUUGGACGAGUGCGACACGAAAGACCUUCAUGUUCACCUGCCCAAAGCCCGAACAGAUUCCAGAAAACAACAGCCCGGAACAUGGACCACCAGCGCCACGGAGUCCGGGUGUCCAUGGACCAAAGCCCCGAAAAGAGGUCAAGUGGUGUCCAUGAACCACCCAACUCCUGGGGGUCCAGGCAAAAAGGAGUUGGCUGUCAGCGGGAGGGCGAUUCUCCACCUUCCACAGAGCCAACGUGGUCCAACAUGGUCCGGAGAACCCGUUUCGGACGCCGCGCCUUUCUGCCAGGGAGUAUCCUCUCAGCCUCCGGGGCGAGUGGAAAAGAUGGGCUCGUCACCGGACAUGCCUACAGCCCGGAGACCCGGAGAAUGCGUACGAGACACGAUGACAGAGACUCCCGCGGUGGCGCCAACGGCGGACCUUCGGACCUUGCGCGUCCGAGAGGUGCGAAGCAGGCCGGUCUGA